CACCCUUUUCUAUAUUAAAGGGCAAAGCAGAUUAACACCGUCUUUCAUCAGAUCAGACAAGGGUAUACACUGCAAAUUCUUUCUAUAUUUAGGGGUAUUCACAAAGGUAACUGUUCCCUUCUUCCUUUCUUCUUCAUUCUACUACCAUUUCUUGUUUUUCUCUGGUCUGUUUCAUUUCUAAUUGAAAUUGAGGUUUAGGGUUUUAGAAAGAAAAAAAAAUGAACCCCAAACUAUUUCAAUCCUUUCCAUUUGAAGAUGAAUUCGAGAAUGAAGUGAAAUCACCUUUUGAGAUCGGUAAUGACGAUGACGACGAUGAUGAUUACGAAGAAGAGGAAAAUGAAGAAGGUUAUGAAGAUGAUGAUGAAUCGACGGAUGAUGAUUAUGAAGAAGAAAAUACUCAAGUGAAUUCAAGAAGGAAAGUAGAAAGUUCAACUACUACCGAUACUAAUAAUGAUGCUACUGUUCCUUUGGUUUCUCGACAUAGUGAGCUUACUAUAUCUUUUGAAGGAGAACUUUAUGUUUUUCAUUCCGUUACUUAUCAAAAGGUGCAAGCAGUACUAUUGCUUUUGGGAGCUCGUCAUGAACCUAUUGCUGCGCCUAGUGUUGAAACUUCAUUUUACCAGCACAACAAGGGUUCGGGUGAUGAUGCACAACAACACUCAAACAUUUCAGGCAGAACUGCUUCAGUAGUUAGGUUUCAGAAGAAGCGGAAAGAGCUAUGUUUUGAAAAGAAAACUCGUUAUAAUUGUCGCAAAGAGGUGGCCAAGAGGAUGCAUCGAAAGAAAGGCCAGUUUGUAUCAUUACGAGAGAACCAUAAGGAGGGCUCAGCGGCUGCCUCAGGGUGGGAUAAUAUACAAAGCUUCCCUCAGAACAACAGAAAUCCUCCUAAAAUUGCUCGUUGCAAAUGUCAACACUGUGGCGUUGAUGAGACGUCAACUCCAGCAAUGCGACGUGGGCCAGCUGGCCCAAGAUCUUUGUGCAAUGCUUGCGGAUUAAUGUGGGCAAGCAAGGGUACUCUGAGAGAUCUCAGUAAAGGUCGAAAGAACCCGUCCUAUGACAAAAACGAACAGAAUUCUCUAGCUCAAACUGAAGUUUUAAGCAUGGAGUCUGAGAGUGCUCCUUCUCAUUCAGACGACCAGGGAAGUCCAGAAAAUUUGAAGCCUUCACCUUAUAAGAUUGCAAGUCCGGCUAUUCCAGACAAAGAGGAAACAUCUGAAGAUUGUACUCAGCAUUUUCUUAUUGGGUCGGAGAAUCUUUCUGUAGAUAUCAAUGAGGAGAGGAUUCCAGAUUGCGGAAUGGUAGCUCAAAGUUUAUGGGGAGAUUUAAGAGCUCUCUCAUCUAAUUUUUGGGACCUGCAGGGGACUCCCAAUGAUCUUUCUCGUCUUUCAGCCGUGGGAGUUGAUUUACAUUCUCAUCUGAAUGAGCAGUUGGACGCCAAUGGCUCCAUUAUCGCGAGCUAUGGCCAGGGGCUGUGACGGCACUUCACAGUUGCCACGACAACAAACUUUGUAGAUCCACCAGAGAAGGAGAUAGAGAGACACUUCACUAUGGUUACUGAUGCUAGGAUAGUGGAUAGUGCCGUCCAUAAACUUCGUCAUCAGCUUCAUUUGUGUGUCAGAGUUGCUGGGAUGGCUAGAGGGAGAGGAGAGUGUUUUGCACCUCUUGAUCUUUCUAUAGAACAUGAAAUCCGCUUUGUAAGAGUUUUUUAAAAGUGGGAAGUUUUUCUCUUUUUUUGGGUUAUGGGUUUUGCAUUUUCCGUUUAAAAUGUGAUUGGAAUGAUCCUUAGACGUGAUGGUUCUUAUGACCACGCGCCUGCAGGAUAAAUGAGGUUGCAAAUGCAGCGGAGAUGCCACAUUAGCGACCUA